ACGAUAAAAGCUUUUAGUUUUUUAGCCGUAACUACAGGGUAGAAAAUGAGUCAGAUUUCAGAGGAGGAUCUGCUGUGUCCUGUGUGCUAUGAAAUCUUCACUGAUCCUGUGCUUCUGUUAUGCAGUCACAGUGUCUGUAGAGCUUGUUUGGAGGAGUUCUGGAGCUCCAGAGGAUUUCAGGAAUGUCCAGUGUGCAGGAAAAGAUUCACAGGAUGUCAGACACCGCCUAAUCUUGCACUGAGGAACGUGUGCGAGUCGUUCUUACAGAAGAGAGGUUCAUCUGAGGUGUUCUGCGAUGUGCACGGAGAGAAACUCAAACUCUUCUGUCUGGAUGAUAAUCAUCCCGUGUGUUUGGUGUGCAGAGAUUCAGAGAAACACCUGCAUCACACAUUCCGACCUGUUGAUGAAGUUGCACCGCUUCUAAAGGAGGAAUUGAAGACUUCAUUGAAAGAUUUACAAGAAAAACUCAAGAGCUUUAAAGAAAUAAAACAAACAUUUGAUGAUGCAUCACACCACAUUAAGGCUCAGACUCAGCAGACCGUGAGAUGCUUGCAGGAGGAGUUUGAGCGGCUUCAUCAGUUUCUGCGAGAUGAAGAGAUGAUCAGAAUAUCUGCACUGAAAGAGGACGAGAAUCAGAAGAGUCAGAUGAUGAAGGAGAAGAUUGAACAAAUAGACAGAGAGAUCGAAUCUCUUUCAAACAAUAUUGGAACCUUAAAAAAUGAUUUAGACGCUGCCGACAUGCCCUUUCUACAAAACUUCAAGUUCUCAAAAGAAAGAGCCCAGAUCACACUGCAGGAUCCAGUGAUGCCUGCUGGAGCCUUGAUGAAUGUGGGAAAAUACUUGGGGAACCUGAAGUUUGAAGUCUGGAAGAAGAUGAUGCAGAUAGUUCAACUCACUCCUGUCACACUGGACCCCAAUACUGCACAUCCUCUGCUGUUCCUGACCGAUGAUCUGACCCAUGUGAAAUCCAGUGCUGAUGGACAACAGUAUCCAGACAAUCCAGAGAGAUUUGACUAUUAUCGCUGUGUGCUGGGCUCUGAGGGCUUAAACUCUGGAACACACUUCUGGGAUGUGGAGGUCCAAAACAACACAUGCUGGUCUGUUGGAGUAACCACAGCAUCUAACCAGAGAAAAGGAGGCGUUUUCUUUGAAACUGAAGUGUGGCGUGUGCGUUACAUGGCUGGUCAGUACACGUCACAGUCACCGUUCAAGCCCCGCAUGCAUUUAACUGCUGAUGAGCGACUGAAGGUGAUCAGAGUUCAGCUGGACUGGGACGGAGGAAAGAUUUCAUUCUCUGAUCCUCUUACUAACACACAUCUGUGCACUUUCACCAGUACAUUUAAGGAAGCAAUAUAUCCGUUUCUCUAUAGCAGCUGUACAGAUUUCCCACUCACAGUCUUACCCGUCAAACUGAGUAUCAAUGUGAAGUGUCCUAAAUAA